GAGACCGUGCAGUCCUCGCCUGUCUCUGCCGAGCUCGUCGGGCGGCUGGCGAGUGCAAUGGAAGCCUUGCGUGAAAUGCUGGAAGUCUAAGGGGCUCCGCACGCGGCGGCGGCCGUGCCCGCGGCGUCCGUGUCGUGCCAGCCGUCACAGGCAAGCGAGCCGAAAUGUCCCGCAGUGUCUGCGAGCAACCGGGAUGCGCCGCUGUCAGGCGGCCCAGGCAGCUUGCCGUCCCCUUCCCUCGACUCAAGCGGUCUGAACUCUGCGAUAGCCCCCCCGCCGCCGGCGGAGGCGGGUCCCUCACUGUCCGCCGGUCCAUCCGCGGGAGUGGGACCCUCUCCGCCCAUGGCUCCGCCCGCAGAAGCGGGGUGGCUGACGCUGCCCGUUGCAGGGGCAGGGGCGGUGCCACCCGUCCCCUCAGCGCUGACGUCAGAGCCUGGCCAGCCUCUUGAGGUGGGGUGUCAGGAUCCCUCCGUGGUGGUGGUGGGAGGGGUGGCAUCGCCUGCUGCGUUGCCCCUGGCGACCUGUCCCACCCACCCGGAAUUGCGGGGUCCGUCAGGGAUGCCACCGGGUCCCUUGUCGUGUCCGAGGUCGGUCCUUGCCUUGCCGGCGGCAGGGACUUACGCCGCCCCUGUGCCCGUGGCCGAGCCUUUUGCACCUGUGUCUAUGGCUGCUGCGUCGUCUUCCCUGGCCUGGGGGCUUCCUUCGUCGCCUCAGCCCUGCGCUGCCGUCGGUGAUGGACUGCGAACUCCCCUCCGGAGGCGUGGUUUUCCUUCGGAGAGCCGGCACAGCACUGAUCCCGCGGUUUCUUCCCGCAGCAAUCUGUGGACUCUUCCCCCGUGGUCUGUGACAGUGCGGCCGAAGAAUCGUCGCAGAUUUUGGGAAGCUGUGAGACUUCGGGCAUUGCAGCAGGGUGAUUGGGACCUCCUGGAACAGCUAGGCAUGCCUACAGGAGAAGUCCUUCGGGUGGAGGAGGCUGUCCAGGUGGAUUCAGCUGAGUUCAGCUCGGUCCCUGAGGGUCCCCUGCCACCAGCUGGUGGUAUGGAGCCCCAGGAAGUGGGGGGUCCUCAAGCCUUUCCUGUCUUUAAGGCUGUGCCCGGCUCAGGACAACCCGACAGGCAUGACCCUAUUGCCUGGCAUGUUGUCCAAGAUUUACAGGACAAGGUUACACGAUAUGGGCUUGGGUCUACUCAAGUAAUGCAAAUUAUUAGGGUGUUGACUACAGAUCUGCUAGCACCCUAUGAUGUUAGACAUAUAGCCCAGGUGUUGUUUCAGCCUGUCCAAUUUUGGGUUUUGAGGACAAUUGGAGACGCAUGGCUGACAAGGCAGCUGCCGAGAACAUGGUGUGCCCACAGGAGGACCCCAGACAUGAUGUGGGGAGUGAUGCUCUAAUGGGCCAGCCCUGUUUCUCUAGCCCUGAUCUUCAAGCUGCCUGGGAUCCUUUGAUCCUGGAGCAGUGCCAAAAGAUAGGGUUUGCAGAGAUUGUAAAAACAAUAGAGGCUGCAGCCCCAAAGCCAAAAUAUGUCAAGAUCACUCAGGGUCCUAGAGAGCCAUAUUUACAGUUUGUGGAAAAAGUGGCAGCAGCCUUGGAAAAGCAAGUCGAAGACGAUACUCUGAAGCAACUGUUAUGUAAACAGCUGGCCAGGGACAAUGCUAACAUCGAUUACUUGAAAAUUAUACAGUCUCUGCCAGGUGACCCUUCUCUGAUAUGGUGCAGGUGUGUGCUAAUGUGGGAACUAUCGACCACGAGAUCUCCAUAUUGGCAGCUGCCAUGUGGCACCAGCAGAAGAUAUCAGGGGGUGGUCAGCAGAAACAAGGGAGGACUAAGGGCAAGUAUAAGCAGAAAUCACAUCAGCAAAAGGCUAGUGUGCCUGCCUUUUUGUAUGCUAAGUGCAAAAGGCCAGGUCACUAUGCCAAUCAAUGUAAAUCAAAGAAACCUGUGGCUGGCCAGGGAAAUGGACAGCCGAGCGCUCUGGGGUACAGUGUGCAGAUACAAGCAAUGCCUCAGACCCCGGUGCUGACGCAGGGUUCUUCAGCCAGCACUCAGCAAGCACCAGGGGGUCCACCGGUGUGGAUGUACACACCGCACCCACAAUCGUCCUGGACUCUGCCGGUGUGCAUAAGGUUCCUCUGGAUGCCUUUGGACCUUUGGGCCAGGGGUUGGGUGCACUGCUCGUGGGAUGAUCUAGUGCCACUCUUCAGGGAAUCUUUGUUCACCCAGGAGUCACUGACGCGGGUUGCACCGGCCAAAUACAUGCGAUGGUUUCUACCCCUUCUCCUCCUGUCACUAUUCCCACAGGAACACGCAUCACUCAGCUCGUGCCUUUUCGUUCCUGUGUCCCUAGGGCUGAUCAGCAAGAUCGAAAAGAUGGUGGUUUUGGAUCUACAGGACUGCCGCAGGUCUAUUGGACCAUGAACACCUCCGAUCAGCGCCCUCAAAUGGUGUGCGCCCUGGCACUACCAGGAGCCAACCUGCCUCAGAUUCGACUCAGAGGUUUGAUCGAUACUGGGGCGGAUGUGACAGUAAUUUCUCUUUCUUCCUGGCCUCCCACAUGGCCAAUGACCUCGCUUGGCCAGGCCAUUGCAGGAGUGGGGGGUACAGCACAGACCUUUGUCAGCCAAGGGCCUGUGCUGAUCAGGAAUCCUGAUGGGCAAACGGCUGCUGUCUGACCCUACAUCACUGCAACUCCAAUCAACCUCUGGGAGUGGGAUGUUCUGGCUGCCUGAGAGGUGCGCAUUGGGUCAAAUUUGCAAUUGAGGUCACUGAAGUGAUGGGCAAUGGUUAUCCUAUGAUGCCUUUGCGGUGGUUGGCUAAUGACCCCGUCUGGCAGAAUCAGUGGCCUUUGUCCAAAUCCAAAUUAAUCACCCUUCGCCAAUUAGUGCAAGAACAAUUGCAGCAGGGACACAUUGAGCCAUCUAACAGUCCCUGGAAUAUCCCUGUUUUUGUUAUCCGGAAGAAAUCAGGGAAAGGGAGGUUGUUACAGGACCUCUGAAAAGUGAAUCCUGUCAUGGAGAGCAUGGGAGUGUUGCAACCUGGCAUGCCCUCACCCACCAUGCUCCCUGCUGGAUGGGACAUUUUGGUUAUCAAUUUGAAGGACUGUUUUUUCACCAUCCCCUUUUGUCCAGAAGACAGGCCAAAGUUCGCCUUCACGGUACCUGCAAUGAACAAUUCUGAGCCAGGACAGAGAUAUCAAUGGAAGGUUUUGCUACACGGUUGUUGUAGCAGCCCGACUAUUUGUCAGUGGUAUGUGGCUCAGGCCCUGUCUGGAGUUCGCGAACAGUUUCUUGAUGCAUAUUUUUACCACUACAUGGAUGGUAUUUUAGUGCUAGCUUCUACUCAGGAUGGGCUGCUGAGGAUAGAACCUCAGCUGCUCGCUGCCUUACACUGUUAAUGGACUGCAAGUGGCUCGAGAGAAGGUCCAGCGGCAACCACCCUGGAAAUAUCUAGGGGUCAAAAUCUUAGACCAGACGAUUCAACAUCAAGAGGUGCUAUUCACAGAUUCUAUUAAGACUCUCAAUGAUACUCAGAAAUUGCUGGGUGUUAUUGGUUGGUUGUAUCCUUACUUAAGACUGACCACAGAGCAGUUGUCCCCACUUUCUGAUAUCUUAAAAAGAGACACUCGCUUGGAUUCACCUCAAACAUUGACCCCUGAGGCACGGCAAACGCUGCAGAUGGUGCAGUGAACUCUUUCUACUCGUCAGGUAUAUCGAGUAGACCCUUCCGAUGAUAUCACUGUGUUUAUCAUUAAUCCAGAUUUGCAUCCUACGGGUAUCAUUAGCCAAUGAAAUGAUACCUGCUCUGAUCCCUUGCACAUUCUAAAAUAGGUCUUUUUGCCACAUCAGCUGAAAAAGACAGUGACAACAGUGUUUGAAUUGCUUGCCCGCCUGAUUCUCAAAUGCCGUGAAAGAUGCGUGCAAUUGAUAGCAGCGGACCCCACAAGGAUCAUACUUCCUAUAGAGCGGGACUUUUUUGAAGGGGCUUUUAUUAUUUGUGUCCCCUUCCAAAGUGCGCUGCAAGAAUUUACGGGACAGAUUGUUUAUCAUCUGCCCAGCCAUAAACUAUUGCAUAUGGCAAAGACAAUGCAACUGUUGUUGAGACCCAAAAGUAGUCGAGUGCCAGUGCAAGGUCCUACCGUCUUCAUAGAUGGGUCAGGCAAAACAGGGAAGGCCAUUGUUACCUGGAAGGAUGAGUCUGGCUGGCAAUCCUUGGAGGGCCAUGAGAUGGGUUCUGCUCAAAUAAUUGAGCUGAGGGCUGUCACGAUGGCGUUCCAACAAUUCUCACAGGCUGCAGAUGAGAUGCCUGCCUCGGGCGAAGGUCUUCAUACAGGACUUGACCACAAAUAAGUGAGAGGACUGGCAUGACCUUAUCAUUUGGGGCCGUGGGUACACUUGCAUCUUAACCAACACCGGGGUACGCUGGCUACCUGCAAGAUGUGUCCACCCUGACCUGUGACAUCAGAGACAGAAUGUGGCCGAUGCAGAGCCUUCAAAUGAUGAUCAACAUGCCGAUCACCAGCCAGACAAACCCUCUACAAGCAGAGGGUAAACAUCAACCUGUUUUCCCUUGGAACUGUUUUAAGUUCUGAGACAUUAUUAGAUAGGUUUUUUUGAAAUAAACUGGAAGAUAAGUUUGGAGAAUGGUUAUGGGUUUUUUGUUAUUGAAUUUUGCAGGGAAGAGACACCAGGCUUGAAAUUUCCCAUGGCACCUCGGAUGUCCUCAGGUCUCAGGAUGUGUUUAUUCUCUUCUGCAAGGGCCCUGUAGGGGACUACAAAUACUUCUCUUUUCUCUCUUCUUUUUUAACUUAAAAAGGGGGACCUGUGGCAGCUGUCUAGGGCCUAAGAAAAUUUCCAGCCUUGAUUUUCUCAGGUUGUGACAAGUAUACAGCUUUAGUUUCUCUUGGGAACUAAAGCCUUCCAGGCUCUUUUUGAUACACAGCUUUGGGGCUGCAGAAUCUAGCUCAAGCUUCCCAUGCAGAUAACUCUGCCAGGCAAUAGAGCAGGAAAAAACACAGAUUAGACACCUGUUGUUUGUCUUGCAAGUGUACAGUGAAUACGUGACAGAAUUUGUUUUUCCUUUCUGUCCAAUAACUUUCUGUUCUACCUGAGCUUUGCGAUCCACACUAUAAAAUACCUGCAGUUCAUUCAAUA